GGAAGAGAGCGAAUGCUGAAGCCUUGUUUGUCAUGUUCUGUGCGUUCGCCGGGAAGACAAGCAAAGCGUCCAGGUGUGAUGAACGAACGUCUCUCUGCCUCCCGACAGGUUUCCAGAUGCAUGCUGGGUUGAAAACGCCAUCAUGCAGAUCCUGGCUUUGAUGAUGAUGAUGAUGAUGAUGAUGAUGACGUCAUCGCAGUCAGCUCUUAAAGAUCAAAGUUUAUCGUGUCAUAAUGAUUACUACAACAACAUAACAUGUGUUUGGGACACCUCAAAACUGGACGUGAUCCCUCCGAACAAACCCGAGACCUGCAGGAUUCGUGUAACGGUUAAAAAGGCACGGACGACGGAACAAGCAGAGAUGGAGAUGUUUGCAGACCCUGCACAGCCUCAUAUACUCUCUGCCACCGCGGUCUUUAACAACAGGCGAGGUAAAAUAACAGGAGGGUCCCGAUUAGAGGAGGAAGUCUGGUGUGACAACUACAUAAAUCCUGUGGCUAAAACAGCACCGCAUCAAGCUGAGGACAGCGCGGUGAAAGCGGCUCCUCCUCAGAGAGUGGAAGUUCACGGGAUCAAUGUUUCUUGGAGUUUUGUUCCUUUAAGGAGUUUUUUAAAGCCUUUGUUUGGGGUCCAGUACAGAUCUGCUGCUCAGAGCUGGAAGGAUGUGGAACGUUUUAUCAUAAAUGCUGAUGAACCUGAAGUGAAGCUGGCAGAGGACCUCUUGCUCUUAAAUCAGCAGUAUGUGCUCCGAGUGAGAGUCAAGUAUCUGGAUUUCAUCAGUGCUGUGUGGAGCGACUGGAGUGAAGAGUUCAGCUGGACGUCUACUGUGGGUCAGACUCCCCACACACCAGGGAUCGUCCAGCUGGAAUCGUCGGUGACAGGAAUCACUCUCACAGGAGUCACUCUGUCUAUUCUAUUAAUCUUCACUAUUCUCAUCAAGUGCAAGAAAAUCAAGAGGAAUGUGGCUUCUUCAUCUUUCAGGGUCCAGAAGAGCGCUUCCCUGUAUAUUCCUGAUCCCUCCAAAUUCUUCGGGGACCUGCAGUCCAGCCACGGAGGGAAUUUCACGUCUUGGCUGGGGCCGGUUUUGUCGCACGUGAGCUACAAAGUGGAGGCGGAGUUCAUCAGUCCGGUCGAGGUCCUGAAGCUGAAGGACGGCCGUGAAUCCCGCGGGCAGCACAGAAACAGCGGCGACCCGCAGGACGGCUGGGACAGCACCACCAAGUCCUCCGACUUCUCCAACUCCACCUACUUCAUGUCCCAGAGCUCCAAGGGGCCGAGCGACGCUCUGGAGCCCUGCUCGGCGCACUCCUCCUACGGGCCAGCAGGAGGUGUCUCUGAAGCGACCCGCGCCGCUGGAGAGAAGGACGCCGAGGAGCUGGAGCUCUGUCUGGAGAAGCUGAGGCAGGACACGCAGAGCCCGGAUUCGGGUUUCGCCGGCGGAGCCGAGGACAGCAUGGAGGAGACGGAGCUGCCCAGUCCCUUAAACCUGGCUCCGCUCCCGGCCCGGGACCUUCUGGCCCCGCAGCCCAGCAGACACCCACUCACGGACCUUCUGCUGAGACCCAGCUGCCCGAUCCCUGCGCUUGACCUGGACCUCCUCAACCUGGACCUGAAGAGCUGCUGCGGCCUGAUCGAGCCCUCCAGCGGAGACUACAUGCCCGUGAAGAACGUGCAGAGUUAAAGAGAGGAUGAAAGGAGCUUUGGUGUCACUCGGCCGCAGGUAUAACGUUAUAAAGUCAGCGAAAUGGACGACAACACAAACACUGAAUGAAGGAGAUGUUUCUGCCGAAGUGCUCUUGAAGGAGUUUCAGUGCUUCCACACGAAAAAAUGACUUUAAAAGACCCGUAAUACCUGUUAUGAUUCAUUGCAUGGAAAACAGCAGCGUGAACAUUCUUCUAAACAUCUCUGUUUGCGUUCCGCAGAAGGUGGUUAACUGCUAAUUGGUCAAAAUAGUUCUUAAUGAAAAUUUGGAAUGAUACGGCGCAUAAAUGUUGAGAGAAGUUUAUUUUUUGCCUUUUUUAAUGCUUAGCAUAAAGUCUUGAUGUUUACUAGGGAUUUCUCCGGUGGCUGCGUGACCGCUGGAGUCGUGAUGUGUGUGUGAGCGGAUCCGCUUCCGUGUGCUCAUGCGUGUUCAGGACUUGUGUGUGGUUUGUGACGCAGAUGCAGUCUCUCAGAACGACCAAACCAGACGAAACACGGAGGACAGUUUCCUGAUUCUUUUCACUAAAACUCUACCACAAGGACAUCGAGCAGUUUAGAAGAAUAGUGGUUUCAGUUGAGAGUAUUUGUAAGAUUCUACGUCCUGAAUGUUUUCAUAAUAUAUAGUUUCUAUUUAUAAGACGUUUGGCGCCAGAAACAUUACGGCUACUAUGAGACAGAAACACAAAAGCAGAAGUGUAAUGUUCUUUGGGAAAUGCAUGUUAUUGUUAUAUUGUUUGUUUUUGUAUGCCAUUUCAUGUUGUAUCUCGGACUCAAACGCAUGUUAAAUGAUGAUGUCUGCUGUCUGGAUGAAUGUAAGAGAAACCUGUAGUUCUCAGCCACCGCGAUUUGCUGCUAAAUAACAUAUUAAAGCAUAUUUGUGCUCUGUUUGAUUAGCUGAUUGAACCCAGGUAUUAUUAUAGGUCAGUUAGAUCAAGUAAUGCUGUUUCUUUUAUCUUAUAGACUUGAGUGUCAGACCUGAAAGGGCCGUUUGUGUGUGUGUGUUUUUUAACACAUUGAACUAAAUAUACACACUGUAUGCAAUAGCACUGAUGAUGAAUGUAAAUAAAUUAAUAAGCAAGGCACAUAUAAAACAUAGAGGCAAAACAGUACCAAUAAACUUACAUGUAUUCUAAGAAAGAACUUCGUUCCUCUUCAAAUAAA